CUCACCCCCCCUCACAAACACAAUCAACCCAAUCCCCCCCAAAAACAAAACCAACACAAAGACGACCACCACAACCAUGUCCUCCAACCCCACCCUCCAAACAACCUACCCCUGGGUAACCACCCCCCUCAUAGCCAGCGCCCCCAUGCUCAACAUCUCGCUCCCCGCCCUCGCCAUAUCCGUCUCCACAGCCGGCGGCCUCGGCUUCCUAGCAGCCGGCUUCGACGUCUCCAACCUCGAACAAAAACUCUCCGACGCCGCCAACCUAGCCGCACAACCCACCUCCCCGCUAAACAAGCACUACGCGGACACCGGCAUCCUCCCCAUCGGCGUCGGCUUCAUAAACUGGGGCGCGGACCUCACGCAGUCGAUAGCCGCCGUGGAAAAGUACAAGCCCUGCGCGGUGUGGCUCUUCGCGCCAGAGGACCAGCCCGCGGGACUGAUACCGUGGGUUGAGCGCGUGCGGGCCGCAACGGACGGUCAGACGCAGAUCUGGGUGCAGGUUGGUGCGGUCUGUGAGGCUGUGGCUGUGGCGGAGACGCUGCGGCCUGAUGUGCUGGUCGUGCAGGGGGCCGACGCGGGGGGCCACGGGUUGGCGCGGUCGGCGUCUGUGGUGACGCUUGUUCCGGAGGUUGUGGAUGCGCUUGACGCGCGGGGGUUGGGGACGGUGCCUGUGUUGGCGGCGGGUGGGGUCGUGGAUGGCAGAGGGGUGGCGGCGGCGCUGGCGUUGGGGGCGUGCGGGGCGGUGAUGGGGACGAGGUUUCUUGCUUCUGAGGAGGCGAAUGUUGCGCGUGGGUAUCGGGAUGAGAUAUUGCGGGCUGAGGAUGGGGGCGUCAGUACUGUUCGGUCUACGGUGUAUGAUGGGGUGAGGGGUAUUCAUGGCUGGCCGCAGCGGUAUGAUGGGCGGGGGGUCAUCAAUCGGAGCUAUGUUGAUGCUGUGGAAGGGGGUAUGAGUGCUGUGGAGAAUCAGCGUUUGUAUGUGUCGGAGUUGGAGAAGGGGGAUGCGGGAUGGGGCCCUGAUGGGAGGUUGACGACGUAUGCGGGCACUGGGGUAGGGCUCGUCAGGGAAGCGCUACCUGCUGGGGAGGUUGUGAGGAGUGUUCGACUGGGGGCGAUUGAUAUUGUGAAGAGGAUCGCAACGGCCGGAAAUUAA